UGACUAUCGAUUUCCCCGUCGAAUCAACAACGAGUGGGGUUCAUUACCUCAACAUGUGGUCGAGAUUCCAUCCGUCGACUCUUUCAAAAUAAAGUUGCAUCAACUGAGAUACAGUAACUACCAAAACUAACAUAGGCCGCCAAGCCGUCUGUCUUUUUCAAACUGAAACUGAAACUGAUUCUACAAUGACCUCUGCGGGUUCCUCAAAUAUCUUUGAGGUUAAUCCUUUCUCCUCCCACCUCCUGGUAUGGUCAACCAGUUGAAAAGUAUGGCUUGUAGACAUGUCCAAAACAUGGUUCAAAGCGUCUCAAAAUGUUCUGGAAACGAGGCACCAUACUCACCAAUUGUUGAUACUGGCUGUGACUCCCCAUCUAGCCUUCCUAAAGGAUGUAAAACAUCGGGACUAUCCGAAAAAAAGCCUGAGUCUCACUCCGAGAUUGAUGUAAAGUGUCUGAACAAAAGCUGUGUUCCACCAAGUGUUACUCAACCUUGUGAUCUCCACUGGGAAGGGAACCAACAAUUAAAUGUCGGAUGUGCACAGUCAAAGAAGAUGACAUCUGAAGAUUUGGAUGAUCGUCAAUCUCCAAAUGAUUAUCUUUGGAAAAAAUUGGAAGCAUUGGUUGAUCAGAUGAUCUCAGAAGAAGAUGGAAUCCCCGUCCGUAAUGUUAAAAGUCUAAUGUCAAUAAUUCCUAGCACAUUUACCGGUAGUGAUAUUGUUCAUUGGUUGAUGGAACACAUUGGAGCUAGUGAUGUUACUGAAGCUGUUCAUAUUGCUAGUCGUAUUGCGUCCAUGGGUUACAUUUUUUGUAUUGAUGAUCAUGUGCUGACUGUAAAAAAUGAUGGACAUACGUACUACCGAUUUCAAACUCCUUUUCUCUAUCCAAGUCGAUGCAUGGAGGCAGAUACUGCAGAUUAUGCCGUUUAUUUAUGUAAACGCACCAUGCAAAACAAACAGAGAUUGGAACUGGCUGGAUUUGAAGCUGAACGCCUGGCUAGUUUACAAAAUAUAUACUGCCAUAAGUGGGAGUUCAUUUAUAUACAGGCAGAAGCAGAAGCUAAAGUAGAUAAGAAAAGAGAUAAAUUGGAGAGACUGGUACUUGAAUCACAAGAACGAGCCUAUUGGGAUUUGCAUAGGCCACCACCAGGCUGUAUUAAUACAACGGAUAUUGAUAUGCGUAAAUUGUGUCGUGCUAAACGCCCUAAAAAAACCACAUCUCGACCUAUAAAUUUUCCUAUUCCGAGUGGCCCGGAUGGAUCUAUUUUAUUCUCCGUUUUGGAUGGUCUUUCGCUACGAGAUAGGAUAGACAAACUUCAUACUUGUUCACGUACAAAAAUUAAAUCAUCUAAAGCUGCUGAGAGUUUGCAAAACUUUGCCGAUCAGUAUUCUGAAUUCGAUUUGCUUUUAUCUACAUCAACAUCUGUUGGUUUUUCUGCACCAUCCACAAGUGGAAUAAACCAACCGAAUACAACUUCUGCCAGUCAAUUGGCAUUAGGUAGUUUAAAUGUGAAUACUAAUUCUAAUUCUGCCACUACGCCAACAUCUAUAUUACGUACAUCCGGUGAUAAAUUAAUCCAACAUACUCGUAGUAUUUCAGCUACUGGAUUUAAUGGAAUCACAUCAUUGACUUCAAUGUCAUUAGCUCGUACCAACAGUGGAACAGGAAAUGGCGCACAUAAUUUCUCGACAGCUGGUCAAAUUUCUAGUGGACAUGGAUCAGCCGGACAUAUGGGGGGAAUUACUGCUAGUUCACCUAAUUCGGUCUAUGAUCCUAAUCAAGAACCUGUUAGUGCAUUGAACCCUUGGAUUUCCGACAAUCCUGAUUAUUGGAAUACGGAUUUACGUCCAAAAUAUUUACCUAUUCGUCGUAUUAAACGUUGGAGUUUUUCAAUUCAUGAACUAUUAAAAGAUCCAGUUGGUUUAGAAGAAUUUCAACGUUGGUUAGAAAAAGAAUUUUCAGCAGAAAAUCUGAGAUUUUGGCAGGCAUGUCAAGUACUUAAAGGUGCUCCACUGCGUGAAGUUCGUCAAUCCAUUAUGAAUAUAUAUCAGCAGUAUUUAGCUCCAAAUGCAGUAGAACCAAUAAAUAUUGACAGUAGAAUUGCUGAUCUAGUAAGACGUCAAAUAGAUGAUGAGUCUAAUACAACACCAAAUCGUUAUUGCUUUGAAGCAGCUGAAGAACACAUUUUUCAUUUAAUGAAAUCUGAUUCUUAUUGUCGUUUCCUACGAUCUGAUGUUUAUCGUGAAUUAUUUCGUGGUGAUAAGAAAAAGUCGAAAAAACAGCAACGUAGUAGCGGGAUCAAUUCGAAUACUUCUGCUUUGUCAAGUGGUCCCGGCGUUGGUACUCAAGUCACUGCAACAGUUAAUUUUACUGGAAUUGAAUAGUAACCAAAUCUUCCACGCCUGGGCUGGUGGUGGACUGUUACAAUAGUUCUAUCCUGCUUAUUUUGAAUAAACAAGAAAAUGCUUUUUCAUUAUUCUAUCUUGUAUAUGUUUUUGAUUUUUAUGUCUUGUCUUUUUUCCAUCGUAAUAUUUAUCCGUCAUUUUACACUUGGUUCACAGAGUCAUAUUUGUAAAGAAGACAAUUUGAAAUGAUACUUUCAGUAAAAUUUGCAUUUAAAAAAUAUCUUUUUACUUUGUCUUACCCUCAAAAAAAUGAUAAUAACUCUUGUUUAAAGGUAUUAUAGCUCAUAAUUAAAUUUACCAGUAAGUCUGUGAUCUCUCUCCAAAUUUAUCAUUAACUUACUAGCCUAUCUAUCUGAUAGACUGUGCUUUGUGAUAUUAAUACGUAAAUCUGAAAAAUGCUUAAAUAUACGUAUCCAUUGUAAAAAUUACUAUCCUUCAAUGUUAUUGUGUAUGUGUGCUUUAUCAAUAAGUUUUUAUUUUAUUUCCUAGUCAUUAAACAUUUGACUACAACUCUGAUCUCCACAAAUUGCAUUUUUACAUAAUGCAUUGUGCAAUUUCAAUUUUGAGCGCAUGUUCAAAUUCCAAAGGAAUUCAUUACACAAUAUACUGUGAUAUAUAUCUAUAUCUUAUUCGCAUUUUUUUCUCUCUUAUGCAUUUAUUUUUAAACGCACUGAUAGAAUUUAGCUUUUAAUCAAUCAUAGAUAUUUGUGUAUCCCUUCAUAGGGAGCUUAUUAUAUUGUUUAAUGAACAAUUAACCGUCUGUCUACUUUUAUUUAUUCCUUCUCAUGAUGUAUUGUUGCUUCUUUUUUUCAUUCAUUCGUCACCUAACUUGAUCUGCUCUCAUUAAUUGUUGCAUUACUAUUUCAUUUGUAUUUCUUAACUUUGAUUUUUUUCAUACAGUUGUUUUCUUCACGACGAUCAAAACAUCAUGGUUGUAAUAUAGUAUGAUAAAUAUGUUACAAACUUGUCGUUUGACUAAUGACAGAGGUGGAGUAUAUGACUACCAUACUACCGUAUUUUUUCUGAAGUAUUUAACGCUGACAUUCGAAUAGAUUUUAGUUUUCUGUCGUUUUGUUUAAUAUUUAUUAAUAUGGAAUUUCCAGUUGCGUGUUUUUUCAUACAGUUGUAUUAACUACUCAUAACUAUUUAUUUAAGUAGACAGUUGUUCAUCAUUUUAUUUGUUCUGUUUAUCAGUUUCAAAUUCACUUAUAUUAAAAUACAUUGUAAUUUCUUUGUGAAAUAAUUAAAACGAUUUAUGAAUUGAAAUCUGUUAGCUGAAUAUCUACUGAGUGUCAACUAGUUUCCUAUAGUUAACAAUGGAGAGAAUAACCUUCAUUUUACCUAACAAUUUGACGUUCGAAACGUUGGUUUGAAGACAUAGGAAAUUAACUUCCAACCAUUGAAUCACGGGUUUCAAACCUGCUCCAUUCCAUUUUAAUUUCACAGACAAUAUCGCCAUUGGUUCUCUCACAAAGUAUGUACAAGUCCAUUGACUUAUACUUAAUUAUUGAGUAGCUGUGUAUAUUUCCUCAAUUGCUCUUGUGCAAUAUUAACUUACUGUUUAACUAGAUGAAAAGCAUCUAACUCAUUUUUACACUACCGAAAUUGUCCAAUUUCAUAGUACCUAUUGUCUCACUAUCAAAAUCUGUUUAUGAUUAACAGUGGUCUGCUAGUAAAACUGGUUAGUCUAAUCAAUUGAGUAGAACUUGAUUUUUCAAACGAUACCUGUUCUACAGAUUGAUAAGGAUCAAUAAUAAACAGUAAUAUUUCGCGGAAGUGUUAAACACAAGCAGGUCGAGAUCUUAUAUGGAGUGUCACUUGUAACCCUGGUUUGGGCCAAUCAAACUCUGUAUUUUUUUCUUGUGCAGUAUCGUGUCACAGAAAGGUUGACCGAAUUUUGACUUAAUAAGUAUACUUCUUGGUGAAGCAAUCGUUAGUACAUUGCAACAGUAGUCAAUCGUAUUCCACAUAAACAAAUUUAUGACCAUUUUGGAAGUUAAAGCUGCUAUCGCUACACUUGUUUGUCAAUAUGGGUAACUUGUAAUUCCAAGGUUUUGAUAAUCUCAAAAUAAUCUAACUGACAAAGUAGAUGUAAUCAGUAUCAAAUGUCAACAAUCUUGCAUUGUAAUAAACAAUAUUAAACAAAUGGAUCAUUGUUAACCUUAAAUGUUUCAUUUUUUACAAACUGUAGUACUUAUUUCAACUUUUAGUUUAUUGAAUGUGACUAAACAUUUUUUCUCCAGAUUUCAUCUUGAAAAUGCUAUUUAUUUUUUCCCUCAUAGUUCGAUACUUUUAUGAUAACUUCCUUUUUCUCGGAUUCUCUUCUGAUAACAUUUGUUUUUCAUGUACACAUUCACUUCAAGAUAUACGAUUCACUUUCAGUUAAGAAAGGUUGUGGUUUUGUUGUAAUAAUAAUUUUGAAAAUUUAAAUAUUGUUGUUAAAACGGAGUGAAACCUGAAAGCUCUGGCGAGACUAUAUUUCAUGGACGUACCAUUCAGGUAUAAGACAACAGGUCUCGGAUUUUGGCGCGAAAUUCAUUUAUCCAUUUGGCUAAGUAGAGUUUUCGCAUAACAACGGAUGUUAGUUUGUGAUGAGAACACUAAAUCUAAUUCCUAACCUUAACCACCAACUGUAAAUCAUAAUUCUAAUUCUUCGCAUUGGUUUAUAACUCUCAUUUAGUCCUAGUUAUUAGGUGAACACUUUCAAGGUCAGUUUAGCGUCACUCAAAAGUCGUCCAUAAACUAUAGCCUCACCAAAGCUUUUUUCUAACUACUGCUAUGCAUUUAAUUAUUGAUAAAUAAUUACUCACUUUUCGUUUAAGUCUCUCUCAUAUAUGGCUUGGUUGUGGUUCGCAAUUUGGACUAUGUUACCGUUCGGUAAUUUAUGUACAUAAAUCUAUGAGUGCUUGAAAUAUAGAGU